CACCAGGAAGUAAUACAGUGGUUAACUGAUGGGACGAUUCGGCUGGUGGCUGCAGUCGGUUAUCUGAAUAUCGGACUUUCCAAUACAGUGGGGAGCUGUUGUGUGUGUCCGUGUUAGCAGAGCCAUGUCUCCUGACGAGCUGGUGUACCUGGGAAUUCUCGCUGCCUCCAUUCCUGCCGGAUUCCUCUUCCGCUACCUCAGUCCACCUGUGAAGCAGGGGGCAGCUCUUCUUCUGGGCCUCUGCAUCACUAUCGCUACCUGUAACAUACACGCACUCCACUCUCUGGUGACAGUGAUUGGAACAUGGAUUAUUAUAAAGAGCAGCUGGCGAAAAGCCCCAGCACUGAGUCUCAGCUGGAGCUUUCUCUACCUCCUCUUCUUCCGGCUGGUCACCUGGGUUGGUCUUCCACCGCCAACACCUUUUGCCAACGCCAUCCAGCUGCUUCUUACUCUCAAGAUGGUGAGUCUAGCCAACGAGGUGAACAGUUUCCACAUGGAGAAGAAAAAGGAAGUGAGCUCCUUUGCCAAGUCUCCAGUCAUUGGUGGUCUGUCUGAGGAACCGUCCCUCUACGAUAUUCUGUCCUAUAGCUACUGUUAUGUUGGCAUAAUGACUGGUCCCUUCUUUCGCUUCCAAACAUACGUUGACUGGCUGAAGCAGCCAAGUCCGCUGGCUCUGCCCAGCUUAGCACCGUGUCUGCAGCGUCUGAAGCUGGUUCCAGUCUACGGCGCUCUCUUCCUGGCCGUCAACUCUGUGUUUCCUCUGGCUUACGUUCGCACAGACGAGUUCCUGGAUGAAAACUUUUUUUUCAGGUUCUUCUACAUGGUAGUGGUGUUCUUUGUGUUCCGCAUGCGUUUCUAUGCAGCGUGGUGUGGAGCUGAGGCUGGUUGUAUCAGUGCAGGUCUGGGCUGUUAUCCAGAAAAGGCGUUGUCCAAACCCGGUGGAGGACCCACCGUCAACUACAGUUCUGAUCCCACUGCUGAUGAGAAAUAUGACUUCAGAACCAUCCAGAACAUCGACUGUUACAACACUGACUUCUGUGUGAAGGUCAGACACGGCAUGCGUUACUGGAACAUGACAGUGCAGUGGUGGCUGCAUCACUACAUCUACCCCAACGCCCCCUUCAAGGCCUAUGCUCUCAGGGCUGGCUGGACUAUGUUCAUCAGCGCCUACUGGCACGGACUACAUGCUGGCUACUACCUCUCCUUCCUCACCAUCCCCCUGUGCAUCGCAGCUGAGUCUGUAAUGGAGGCAUCUGUCCGAACCAAACUGGGCCCUCGUGGGCAGAACAUCUUUGACUGGGUUCACUGGUUUUUGAAGAUGAGGGCCUAUGACUACAUGUGCAUGGGCUUUGUGCUGCUAAAGGCGUCUGACACCAUCCACUACUGGUCGUCCAUCUACUUUGUCAUGCAUGUCAUCGCCGUUAGUUGUAUAAUAGUGGGCAAGGUGCUGAAGGGAGGGAAGAGGGAAGGGAAGAGAGGGGACAAGGAGGUGAAAAAGGAGGGAGAGAUAGAAAAGGUGCAUGAGAAAAAAACAGACUGAAUGAACAUACAGAAAGGAAAUGGCUGGAAACCUUUUUGGACAUGAGGACUUAAUUCAAGUGUAGAACAACAUUACUUUUCACCAACACUCUAACAACACACACACACACACACGUCCAACAAGACUCAUUGUAAAUACAGUGAGUCAAACAGUGUCACAUGUAAAUGUUGCGUAAACUGCCGCAGGAGAUAUUACAUGUAAAAGAACUGAGAACACGGAUGUUGGAGCAUAAUGUUACUUUUGUAUUGUGUGCAUUGGCCUCUGUGUUGGGACAAAAUGAGGUCACUGUCAUGCUAAGAUGCUACUUUAAAGGUCCAGUGUGUGAAUGUCGGUGUUCUUCUUUGCAUGUGCAAUCACCUAUUAUGUGUAAAUAGUUUCCAUUGCCACAGAAUGAGUCCUUUAUAUUUAGACCAGGAGCAGCUCUUCUCUACAGAGGCCAUCAUGUGUACAAUGGGCAGACUUAACAGCUUAUAGAAGGGAAGGGUGAAGUGAGAGAGAUUCAGCUGCAACAUCACAAAUGCAUAAUGCUAAAUCCUACACACUAUACCUUUUUUAAAGGCACGUGACAACAUCAAGCAGUGCAACCUUCAAAAUGAUCCUGUAAUGUUUAUGAUCCUUUAUUCUACAACAAACAUAACAUUCCGACAGUGCUCAGUGAUGCCACACCCACCCCCGUGACUGAGCAUGAUGUAUGCAUCAUGCUAUUAUGAAAAUACACGGUUAUUGCCAUUGAUUUGAUCCAUACUUUUUUUGUUCUGCCGUUAACUGCCACACAAACAACUCGGCUCAUUAUCAGGAACACGUGCACUGACAUCUCUGUUGCAGCGUUGUAUCCAGUGAAGAGUGUAUCAUUUGAACAAUAAUAAUAAUAAUAAUCUGUUUACUGCCAAAAUAUAUGCACUGCCAUCGUGGACCAUUCAGGGCCGGGACCAGACAUUUAUUUACAAAAUGUGGCAAAUGUGACAGCACAUCAUAUCAUCUUUCCCAGUAUAAUCAAAGAAGAAGCAAAUCAAUUUGUUAAAUCAAUGGUUAAAGAACUAAAAGUAUUACACGUGAAUAAACUGGAAGAUAAGUCCAGGCAGAAAGAAUUUCAACAUUUUUAAUAUAUAUAUAGAAUUGAUAAAUGUUAAAGUGAAAUAUUCAGUGUUCAGCUGGAAAAUACACUAAGGAAGCUUCAUUUCACUUCUGUUUCUGUACAUUUUGUGUUAAAUAUUAACAUUACUGGCAGUUAUUUCCUUCCAAUGUGUUUUCUUGUUGAACUGUUUCUUGUAAUGGAGAUCAUUUAAACUGCAUGUGUUGUUUUGCCACUACCCUGAGUCCUCCCUUGCAGAAAUGGCUCUCUUUAUCACUCUAUUAACAGUGGUGGUUGUGGAUCAUGUCAUCGGGCUAUUUAUUUUCCUGCCCUUUGUCUGUUUUGUUAUUUGUCUUUAUAAACUCCACUGGACAGCAUUUUCACCA